CAUUCUUUCAUUCAUUUAGCCCGUCAGUCAUUCAGUCAGGAAGUUGUUCAUUAAAUUUGUCAUUUAUUCAGUAGGUUACAUAGUAACUGAGUCAGCCAACGCGUGAGCCAGUCGUUCGGUCAGUCAGUCAGCCUGUAUGUCAUUCAGUCAGUCAGUCGGUCAGCCAGUCGGUCAGUGACCCAGUGAGUUAGUGAGUUAGUGUGUCAGUGUGUCAGUGUGUCAGUGUGUCAGUGUGUCAGUCAGCGAGCCAGUCAGUUGGUCGAUCAGUCAGUCUGUCUGUUUGUCAUUCAGUCGGUCUGUCUGUUUGUCUGUCAGUCAUUCAGUCUGUCAGUCAGUCAGUCAGUUUGUCUGUCCUUCUGCUGUCUGUCUGCCUGUCUGUCAUUCAGUCAGUCUGUCAGGCAGUCAGUCUGCUGAACAGUCGACCGGUCUGUCAGGUUAUCCCAUGGACAUUCAGUGGUUUAAUCAUUCAAACAAUAAACGUUUCAGAUGGUUAGAUAGCUUUUAAUCCUAUUGUCUAGGUUGUUAAUUGGUCAGUCAGUAGGUAGAAUACUGAGGUAACAAAGUAGAAACUCAGAGAGUAAAGUUAGCUUUUUAAUCACCCGGGUCGUUGAUUAGUUUUUGAUUAACCUGUCUGUUAAUUAAUUGGUUAGCUUGAAAAUAAGUCAAUCCAUGUGUUCUUCAGUUAAUCUUUCUGUCAGCCAGGCAGAAAAACAUAGAAUACCAGUCAGUAGGUUCAUGUCAGUGGUUAACUGCUUAAGAAACUCUCAACCAUCUGUUCGUCUGUCAUUCAGGCACUGAAUAAGACAGUUUGCCUUUAGAUUAUCUAAUUGUUUGGAAACUUUUUCAUUCUUUAUCAGUUUGAAAGCCAUCCAUUUGGCAAGUUAUCUCAUUCAUCCAAUUACGUGGUCCACCAUCUGGUUUCGUAUUCACCAAUCAGAGAUAGAAAUCCGCCAUGAUAAUCGUAUUGUUUGCCAGGACACCAUAUGUAGCGCUAGCAUUCAACAUAUGCCGCGUAUAGAAAUCAAAUGAAAAGGAAUGAAGAAAUUUAUAUCAAAGUGUUACAAUCUUACACUUAGAAGUUACCAAUUGUGGUUGGCUGCUAGUCAGUUAUACCUUCUGUUCGUCCGUCAGUCAGGUAAAUAGACAGUAUCAUCAUCCAAUCAUGUAGAAUUUUUCUUUUUUCACUAGUCAGCAGUUUGAAAGCUAGUCUCCAUUCACUAAUUGAUUCAACCUCUUCAGCAACCACUCAAUCACUGACCUUUACCAAAAUUCAGCACUUUGAGGUAGAAGUCAUAAUUGUGGUGUUCGCCAUGAUACAAGAGCUAUCGCGCUAGCCUUCAAAGUUAUGUCAUAUCUGAUGAUCAAGCCAAGAUGAAUUUAAAAUUUCAUGUAAUCUUGGUCUUACCUGAACAUGUAAGCUGAUUACCUUUUGUGGUUAACUUACAAUUGAAUUUAUAUUAGUUUUUAUAACAAGCUUGAUUUCCCAAAACCACUACAACUUUAUAACCAGUGCUUUUUGAUUUCCCAGAAGACUUUCAUUGGCAAAUGCACGGGGUAGAAUUGGUUAGACCUACGACACACUUCCGUCAAGAUGGGGAAACUUUUCCACCGAUUCUUUCUGCAAACGAGGAGUCUGGCACUAGCAUUUGUUUUGCAUGAAAACGAGACUGGGGUAAACUGUUCAAGUUGCCUUGGUGAUUCAACAUGGCGGUUAAAAACGGUGCAUACAGUCUGGAGGAAAAACGGGAAGCUGUGGCUUUUUUUAACAAGAAUGAAGUGCCAAAACAGAUUGAGGAUCUUUUGAAUAAGAUGUUCAAGGAAAAACCCAAUGAUGUUUUUGGAUACAUGGGAGAAUAUUUUGGGAAACGUUCCAAAACACCAACAAUAUCUGAGGUCUCAGCGGUAGAAAUCCUCAGUACCCGAGGAUUCCCAACCUUUGAAGUUAGCUUUGACUGCACCGUCAAUGGACUCUCAAAGCCCAUAGCAAGUGUUGUAUCCCUUAUUGAUUCCAGUCCCCCAGCAGACUCUUUGAGCUCCAAGAUGGUCAAAACCCCAGACAUGAAAACCAAGACACCUGUCACUGAGCAAUCCAAACAGCAAAAGGGGGCAGAGACUGCUGUUAUGACUACUGAAGGGGAAUCCAUUAGUCCAGCCCCAGGACUAGAUGUGGCAGAGUCAAUUGAGAGAAUCACUGAUACUAUUGCACCACGUAUUGUGGGACUGGACCCAACUGAUCAAAUGAAGAUAGAUGAGAUGCUACAGAAAAUGUUAGAAGAAGAAAGGCAUUCACUACAUAUUAAUAACAAUGACUGUGAUAAAGAUCAAACUGAGGAAGAACUGGAGCCUGAAAAAGCUGAGGACUCAAACAAGAAGUCAAAUAUGUCCAGAGGAGAGAGCAAACAGUCGCAAAUUUCACAGGAUACUAGCAAGAAAGGAGACAGCAAAAGAGGAACAGCUGGCAUCAAAGAGUCGCAAGUUCAAGUGGUGCCUGAUCUGGAGGAAGAGGAGAUCUGCAGAGACUCGGCUAUAAUUGGCGUUUCAAUGGGGACGGCAGUCACCGGGGCAAAAAUUAAAGGACUCUCUUUGUACCAACAUCUUGCUAAACUUGUUGGAAAGGAGACUGAUGAUAACUUUACUGUACCUAUUCCAAUGAUGACAUUAUUGACGAGUGGAAAGCAGGCUGCGGGAAAGCAAAAUCUUAUCAAAGAAGUUCUCAUUUUACCUCAGCCAGGAACGCCCAUGAAAACGGCCUUGCACCAGCUGACCAACAUCCAUCAGCAGAUGGGCGAGACUCUUGUUCAAAAAUACGGACCUUCUGGUCGGUGUGUUACUGAUGAUGGUAGCUAUUCCCCUUCAAUGGAUAAGCCAGAGCAGGCUUUAGAUUUUGUUCAAGACGCAGUGUCUUCAUGCGGCUAUAGCCUGGGUACCGAUGUUCACAUUGCACUCAAUUGCGCAGCCUCAGAAAUUUAUGACCAGGAAAAACUAAAGUAUGAGAUAAUGGCAAACGCCUUCAAGAGUCUGGACGAUGUGAUCAACCUGUACUGUGAACUUCACGAGAGAUACCUUGGAAUCAUAGCUAUCAUUGAUGGUGUCAGGAGUCCGGACAGGGAGGGCUGGAAGAAACUCAGUCAGAGGAUUGGAGAGAAGUGUUUCAUUGUUGGCAGUGAAUUGUACAGAAAACAUUCCAGUGUUUUGGAUAGCGGAGUCACCGACAAACUCAGUAGCGUUGUAGCUCUAAGCCUGGAUCAAGCCAACACUAUCACAGGAUUGUCUCAAAUGGCCAGGACCGUCACAGAUCAGGGAGGUCUCAUUGCAAUGGCAGAUGGACCAUGUGCAGAUUCUUCUUCUAUUCUGGUGGAUCUGGCAGUGGCUUUUGGGGCGCGGUUCAUCAAACUCGGCGGUCCAGUCCGCGCUGAGCAUGUCAGUAAGUACAGAAGAUUGCAGCAGAUCGAGCAGGAACUGGAACAGAGAGGUCGCUUAACGGCUCAGGAAGAACACGUGUUUCCUGUUAUUAAUGAGGUCGAGGAGGAAGAACCGGAGAGCGAACAAAGUUAAAGCCUGUGGGACAUUUUUUGACUGUAAUUAGUUAAAUUCUUUUCGCCCUUCGUCUUUCGCUUUGACGAACAUUUAACGCUAGAACUUCAGUUUUAGAACCUCUUUAUGGUGGCUGAUUUUCAUUAUCAACUCAGUUGAUAAAACUAAAUUAUGUUGUAAUACCCCUACCAACGCAUUACCACUGUGACAGUUUCUUUAGAAACUUGCCCCUUUUGUUCCUAUAUAAACGCAAGCUGUGAGGUUGUGAUUUUCACUAUGUUUAAUCACUUUAACAAAGGGCAGGUGAGUUUAACGUCAACUGCAGUCAAACUAACAGACACAUUUCGUGAGUGCACAUAAGGUAUUUAGUGCCAAAUUUAACUUGCGAGUGUCGUUAAACCAAAGAAAUCACUAAAACCAAUGGGAACAAAAUCAACUUGGCAAGGAACCUUUAAGGUAAGGAACUUAAGGUAAAUGCAUCCUAACGCCUCAUGCGCGGAAAAGCGCAGAUUACACGGUCGCGAUUUCUGUAAAAAAUCAAUUUUCGAAAAAAUAGGCUAGAAUCCAAACUCCUCAGAAAACAUGUACUAAACUUGUUGAAUGAGCCACGAUAUUUGGCUAAAAUAAAAACUAAGAAACUUCUUAAAAAAUUCCAAACACAGGGGUAACAAAUUUAUGCGAACGAAAGCUCAAAAUCAUCGAACAAAACUCCGUAGAAUAACAACAUACGUGCAGACACUUUGUCCGGUCCAGCGUGUAUUUGAUGCGUUAGUUUUCUUCGUCAUGUUCACAGGCGAUUCUAUGGUCAUUUCACAAGCGAAAUGAAACUAAAAAGAUGAAAGCACGUUUGAUAAUUAUUGUAUAGCGUUGUACAAAGUUAAGUUUCGUUAUCAGCGUAUUUGUGUUUUGGAUUCAGUUGCAAUGAUGUCGUUGCCUGCUAAUGUAGUCUAAUUCGAAAAGCGUUCAACUGUGGUUGUCUCGCAAAAUAGCUCUGGAGCUUCCAGAGCUUUUUGCACGACAACGGUAGGAAUUAGAACUCUCGUGUAUAUAUGACGAGUGGGUAAUCACAUUACUAAUGAAAAUAACCGCAUCUGGAUAAAGUUGUACAUAUAAUUUUAUUUGUAGAUGUGAAAUAUUUAAAUAAAGUCAUUUUGCCACAA